AAAGCUUAGCUUUCUUCUAACUCCUAGAGUUCUUUGGCCAAAAUCAUUUAAAAACUGAUUUACUUCCUCAGAAUAUGACAACACAAUCAUGCCAUUGAAAACUUCACAUCAAUUCUCCAUCCAGAACGAUACAUGCUAACUCAAGUGAAGAAUAGAGAGGAAAAAAAAUCGUUUGUAGUUUCCGUCUUUGCACCAGAGGCGCUCUCGUACGCAGAGAAUGAGGAGAAGAAGAUCACGAUGGGAAGACAGCUGAAGAAAACAAUCAGCAAAAAGAUCCUCCACGCCGCAUAGCGACCGGGCCGCCAGUUGGCGCCAGUUCCACACUAGCUCUCCCGGAUCGAUCCACACUGCAGAGCCGGACUGUUUCGGGCAGGACAGCACCUGAGAGCCUUCGAACGAGCUCCAAUGGCGACCCGAUGAUUCAGGUUUCCAUCCGCCGGGUAUGCGGCACGCGUUGUGAGGGGUCCAAAUGUGGGCAGUUCUUCUUCUGACAGUUAUGGGAAUCCAGGUGGCGUCUGCUUUCCAAAUCGGAGCUUCAGACAACAAGUUUCUUGGGUUUUCAGAUAAGCAAAUUUUGGAUUACCUACUUGAUAAGAGUAGGUAUGAUAAGCGAAUGCGACCCCAAGAUUUUACUGUUGUGAAUGUAACUGUCCUGUUGCUUACCCUCUCCUCACCGGACGAAUCCAGCUUAAAAUACGAAGUGGAGUUCCUGCUGCACCAGAAGUGGUAUGACCCUCGGCUGAAGUUUGAUGACGGGGGGAAUCACCGGUACCUGAACGGGUUGUUGCACACGGAAAAUAUCUGGUUGCCAGAUACCUACUUCAUCAAGCACGGAGAGUUCAAGUAUCCUCUUAUCCCUAUCCACAUAGCUCUCAGGAUCUACCCCAAUGGUUCUGUGAUAUAUUCCAUGAGGAGAAGCAUGGUUCUUAACUGCCAGGGAAAUCUCCACAUUUUUCCUUUCGACAAUCUCAAGUGUCCCUUUGCUUUAGAGAGUGUGUCUCACGAAAAUACGGAAGUGAAGCUUCAGUGGUCAAAAACGGAGCGGAACAUAGAGGGAGCCACCUCUUUGCGACAACAGAACGCCUAUCUCGUUAUGAACGUCACGGGUGAUUGUGAAGAGCAGCACACGUGGCGAGGCGAGUACAGUUGCCUGACAGUGCUGCUGGUGUUCACGCGCGACAAGUCCUUCUACAUCAGCACCGUGUUCGUGCCGGGCGUCGUCCUGGUGACGAGCUCCUUCAUCAGCUUCUGGCUGGACAUCAACGCCGUGCCUGCCCGAGUGAUGAUCGGUGUGACGACCAUGCUCAACUUUUGCACCACGACCAACGGGUUCCGGUCCACACUGCCCGUCGUAUCCAACUUGACGGCCAUGAACUUGUGGGACGGCGUCUGCAUGUUCUUCAUCUACGCCUCCAUGCUGGAAUUCAUCAUCGUCAACUACCUGUACCGGAGGCUGCCCGGAACCAACAGGCCCGUCUCUGCUCCUUCCGUGCCGGAAUCCCUUAAAAACCCGUCCCUAGCCCAGACCAACAGCCGCCGAGUGUUUUCCGACACCAACGUCCAGCAGCCCCCGCAGACCCCGGCCACGACCCCCAACGCAGAUCCAUCCUCGCACCUCAACCACCGACUACAGCAGAGCGACAAGGCUAGGGCCGCGGCCUCGGUGUUCGCCUGGCUCAGGCGUCCUCAGCUGUUUGUCGCUCCGGACACGCGCAACCGCCAGAGGCUAGCCAAACAGAUCGACAACGUCUCCAAGGGGGUCUUCCCGCUGCUGUUCGGCAUCUUCACGGUGGGAUUCGUGCUCACUUUCGCCGUCAUCAAGCCGUCACAGGACGAGAACUUCAAGCUGCUCUGA